AUGAGAGCCAAAAGCGGGAAAGGGAAUUGGAUCUCCAAGUUCAAGUUGAAGUCCAAACUUGGGUUACCAACCACCUUCAUCUUAUGCUCCUUCUUCUUCCUCGCUGGCUUCUACGGCUCCUCUCUCCUCUCUCAGGCAAAAACUUUAGUGGGUUUUUCAGAUGUGGGUGGUGGUGAUAAUAGGCUGAGAACGAGACUGUUGGAAACAGAGUAUACUUCGAUGCCUUAUGGAGAGACCGGUGACGAUUCUUUAACUUCCAUUCCCUUUCAGGUCUUGAGUUGGUAUCCGCGUGCACUAUAUUUUCCUAAUUUUGCAACUGCGGAGCAAUGUGAAAGCAUAAUCGGUAUGGCCAAGCCAAGCCUUAAACCAUCAACUUUGGCUUUGCGAGAGGGUGAGACAGAGGAGAACACGAAGGAUAUACGAACAAGUUCUGGCAUGUUUCUUUCUGCUUCUGAUGAUAAAUCUGGGACUCUGGAUGUAAUAGAGGAAAAGAUUGCAAGAGCAACAAUGCUUCCCAGGACCUAUGGAGAGGCAUUCAACAUCUUACGCUAUGAGAUCGGGCAGAAGUAUAAUUCUCAUUACGAUGCAUUCCACCCUGAUCAAUAUGGUCCACAGAAGAGCCAAAGGGUUGCAUCAUUCUUGUUGUAUUUAACUGAUGUUGAAGAAGGUGGUGAAACCAUGUUUCCUUAUGAGAAUGGCUCAAACAUGGAUGGAAACUAUGAUUUUCGGGAAUGUGUUGGUUUGAAAGUGAAGCCACGCAAAGGGGAUGGACUUUUAUUUUAUUCAUUGCUCCCAAAUGGUACAAUUGAUAUGUUAUCAAUACAUGGGAGCUGUCCUGUAAUUGAAGGGGAAAAAUGGGUGGCUACAAAGUGGAUCAGGGAUCAAGAACAAGAGGAUUAG